GUUUUAUUGGCGAAUCAUGACAGUAAUUCACACAAACAUAUUACCGUUUUGUAAUUUAUUACUGAUUUAACAUUAUUAUUUUUAUGUUUUUUAUGACACUGAGACAAUAGAUAAUACCAUUAUUUCAGGGCCCUAUUGUGUGUCCAAUCACGUCAGGGUAUUAAAACAACCAGGAAAUGUUAAUUUUUUAUUAUUAUUAUCAUUUUGAGCAGCAUUAACAUUUGCUACUGACAACUUUUUUAACUGAAGACACUUAAACUUUGAUUAGUUCACAGUCAGAGCUGGAUAAGGUAAAUCAAUGUAAGUAUCUUAAGUGUUAGCUCAUGUUUAUAUUAAAGAUUUAAGCAGCAGCUAAACACUUUUCCUCAGAAAUGUAUUCGUUGUUAAAACGAGGUAUCACUCUGUCAACAUUAAUUCAUACAUUUGGGCAAAGAAUGAAGAUUUCUCUCACUAUACAGAACAAAUUAACGCUAAUCACCUGUUCACGAUAAUGUUUUGAGCUUUACACUUUGUUUUUUAAGAAAACAUCUAAUUGUUUUAUUUAUUUAUUUAUUUAUUUUCCCGAUGCGAUAGCCCUCCGCUAGGGGAUAAAACACUUUAAUUUACAUGGUGUUGUCAUGUUGUUUAGAAAGUGAAACUAUAUUCGGACAAACGAGGACAUAUUUCUUCGCUUACAGGCUAUUAUAUUUUUCGGAGGGCUAAAGUUUAUUCAAACAGAUAAUCAGAGAGGUAUGUGAUGAAAUGGCUUUACCUGAGCAGUAUUUAAUGUUAAAAUGCUUUAAUUUACAAUACAAUUAUUUAACAGUGGCGAACUCAAACCAUUAUCCUACGCCUAUUGUCUCAAUCUAAGAUCCUGAUGUGUCAGAGCUUUUGCUGUGAGCCUAAAGUGGAGCCUCAUGGUAGAGUCCUAAAGAUAAAGCAGGUCAUGAUGAUUGACCUUGUUGUGAAUUUGAAUCCUAAAAAAAUCCAGAAACAUGACAGAUCUCUGGAGUUGUUCUGUAGAGAUGAUCAUACGUCUGUGUGUCUGUCCUGUAAUGAUGGAGGCCACAAGACUCGCAACACUGUUGAAGAUGUGAGUGAAAAGAAAAAGGCAAAGAAGGUGAUGAUGCGCAAGCUUGUGCAGCAGGUGAUCCAGAACACAAUGAAGAAAAAUGAAGAAAUCACAUGCUCUAAAAUGAAAAUGAGCAAAAAAAAUAAAGAGAAAGAGGAAACAGACAACUCUGAGCUCUGCACUGAUCUGAAUUACUCCGCUGAGAGAUGUCAGAUGAUUCUUCCUGAGCACUGGGCGAAGAACAGGAUGAUGUUUUUAUUGCUGCUGCAAUCCUUUCAUCCUCUUGGAUCUAUAGGAUGUACCCUUUACAAAAAUGGAUAAAAGCGACAUUUUUUCAAGCAUAAAGAAAAAAUCAUUAAUCUUUCAACUAAUAAUCUCAUCAAAAGUAUAAUCACAGAAGUACAGUUUAGUAGCUGUAAUUAGUAUCAUAAUCCUAACGGUUCCUGCGCAUUUAAAAAGUCUUAAAUUAGAUUUUGUAAAUUUAAGGCCUUAAAAAGUCUUAUUUUUACUUACGAGAGGUCUUAAAUUUUAGAUGAAUUUUAGACAUGUCUAAAUGCUUUUACCAUCUCAUUAGCGUACACAUUUUUUAUUAUUAUUUCUAUGUGGAUUGGCUUGUUCAUGUGACUAUUUGCGUCAUUUACUGCAUAUUACAUCAGUAAAGUUGAACAUUUUUCCAUCUUAUAUCAUUUUCUUGUAUUCCAUCUUAAUUUACAUAAACUAUUUUAUUAAAUAUCUGUAUGUUAUCUGAAAGCACUGGCUGUUAUCUGAAAGCACUCUGAAAUUUUUCAGGCGUUACUGUUUGUUUGUUGAAUAAGUAAUAUAUUAUUAUAAUAAUGAUUCCAAAUAACGGUGGAAGCAGGCAGGUGGAAGGAAUGUUUGAGAAACUGGUUUGGAAAUUAUAAUUGUUUUGAAUUUAGCUUUUUAUUUUGCCCUCUAUUUGCUUUAUAUUGUAACUGCAUAAUUUAGAUUUUUGAUAAUUUGAUACUACUGUAAUCUUGUUCACUAAAUAAAUUCCAAAAAAACUCUUGUUA